AUGUUUUUCCCCAGUACUCAGCCCUUUUCCCAGAGAAGUCUUAGCCCGACGCCUUCCAUUCCUCAACCUCGCUUUCGCUUCUUUGUUUUCUUUUCUUUACUUUUUAUCGCCUUUCCUUUCUUUUCUCUUUUAUCGCCUUUCUUUCUUUUCUCUUUUAUCGCCUUUCCUUUCUUUUUUUUUGUCGACUUUCCUUUUCUUUGUUAUAAUCUUUCCUUUUUUCUUUUCAUUCGCCUUUCUUUUUUCUUUUUUUAUAGCCUUUCCUUUCUUUUCUUUUUUAUCACUUUAUAUUCUUCACCCACCUUUCGUAUCUUUCUAUCACCUUUCGUUUCUUAUUCAUCGCCUUUCCUUUUCUUUUUUAUAGCCUUACAUUCCUCAACCUCGUUUCGUUUCUUUCUUUUCUUUUUAUCGCCUUUCUUUUCUUUCCUUUUUCAUCGUCUUUCCUUUUUUCUUUGUCACUGCCUUUUUAUCUUUUCUUUAUAUCGCCUUUCUUUUCUUUUUUACCGCCUUUCCUUACUUUUCUUUUUUAUCGCCUUUCUUUCUAUUUUUUUUAUCGCCGUUCCAUUUUAUUUAUUAUCGUCUUUCCUUUCUUUUCUUUUUUUAUCAUCAUAUAUUUUACAGCCACCUUUCAUUUCUUUUUUAUCGCCUUUCUUUUCUUUUUAUCGCCUUUCUUUCCUUUUCUUUUUUACCGCCAUUCCUUUCUUUUCUUUUUGUCAUUUUUUUUUCCUUUUCUUUUUUAUCGACUUCCUUUUUUCUUUUUAUAGCCUUUUCUCUCUUUUCUUUUUUAUCGCCUUAUACACCUCAACCACGUUUCAGUUCUUUCUUUUCUUUUUUAUCGCCUUUUUUUUCUUUUCAUUUUUACCGCCUUUCCUUUCUUUUCUCUUUUUACCACCAUUCAUUUCUUUUCUUUUUGUCGCCUUUUUUCCUUUUCUUUUUUAUCGCCUUUCUCUUCUUUUUUACCGCGUUUCCUUACUUUUUUUUAUCGCAUCGCCUUUCAUUUCUUUCUUUUUAUCGCCUUUCCUAUUUAUUAUCGCUUUUCUUUUUUCUUUUCAUAGGUUUUCCAUUCUUUUUUUUUAUCGCCUAAUAUUCCUCAAUAGCGUUUCAUUUCUUUCUUUCCUUUUUAUCGCCUUUCUUUUCUUUUUUACCGCCUUUCCUGACUUUUUUUAUCGCCUUUCUUUCUAUUUUUUUUAUCGCCGUUCCUUUUCAUUUUUUAUCGUCUUUCCUUUCUUUUCUUUUUUUAUCAUCGAAUAUUUUACAGCCGCUUUUCAUUUAUUUGUUUUUAACAACUUUCUUUAUCGCUUUCCUUUUCUUUUUUAUCGCCUUAUAUUCCUCAGCCUCGUCUCUUUCAUUUUUUUAUCGCCUUUCUUUUCUUUUCUUUAUUUACCGCCUUUUCUUUUUUCUUUUUUAUUGGUUUUCUUUUUUUUUAGCCUUUCGUUUCUUUUCUUUUUAUCGCCUUUCUUUUUUAUUUUUAUCUCCUUAUAUUCCUCAGUUUCAUUUUUUCUUUUUUCUUUUUUUUGUGUCUUUCUUUUAUUUAUGCUUAGUUUCUCCUUUCUUUUCUUCUCGUUUAUAUUUUUUGUUUCUUUUCUUCUUUUUUUUUCUCGUUGUCACUAUUUUCUUCAUUUUUGUAAUUUUCUUUUAUUUCUGUUUUUUUUUUUCAAUCGUUAUCUGUCAUCGAAAUUCAUAUUGUUUUCACUUUUAAUCAUUUAUCUAUUUCUUCUAUUUUCUCUCUGUUCUACCGACAUUUUUUUACCUACUUUUCAUCACAUAAAACAAUUUGAUCUUUAG